UUACAAGACAGAGAAGUGCGAGUCGAUGAGGUUGUUGUUGACAUUUCUCAAGAGCCCUAUAAAAGUUUUCAACAGUGAUAUGGCAGUAUUGUCAGUAGCUUCAGAUUCAUGUUUUCAGCCGGACAGUUGAAAACACUGAGCCGUCAGAUGACUGUGCGCUUCGGUUGAUUUUGUGGAAGUGGUUGUGAGUACACGUUCGGCUUUUCUUGGGACAAGACAGCAUACGAGGUCAUUGAUCGGAACAACUAAUUUCUAAGAACAGUUAUCAGUAUGACUCGCGAUAUCAUUCUUGGAGAUGAGCUGCCUGACUGGGUCGGGGCGAAAGAGUUUUAUCAGAAGUAUGAUGCCAAAGAGGUGAUUGGCAGAGGUGUGAGCAGUGUGGUGCGCAGAUGUGUACACAAACACACGGGGCAGGAGUUUGCGGUGAAGAUCAUUGAGAUCACCGCAGAGAAAAUGACAGAACAGCAGUUAGAGGAGGUGAAGAGCUCCACACUGAAGGAGAUCCAUGUGCUCAAUGUGGUGAAGGGCCACCCGUCCAUUAUCACACUUAUUGAUUCUUAUGAGUCAGCAACCUUCAUAUUUUUGGUAUUUGACCUCAUGAGGAGAGGAGAACUAUUCGAUUACUUGACGGAAAAAGUCACUCUUAGUGAAAAAGAAACCAGGAGUAUGAUGCGUGCUCUUUUGGAGGCUGUCCAGUAUCUGCAUUCUCUAAAUAUUGUACAUCGUGACCUCAAACCUGAAAAUGUUCUGUUAGACGACCAGGGACACAUCAAACUUUCUGAUUUUGGCUUUUCAGUCCAGCUGGGGCCUCAUGAAAAACUAAGAGAGUUGUGUGGAACACCAGGAUACCUGGCACCAGAGAUUCUAAAGUGCUCCAUGGAUGAGACACAUGAGGGAUAUGGGAAAGAGGUUGACCUGUGGGCUUGCGGUGUGAUCAUGUUCACUCUUCUUGCUGGGUCUCCACCAUUCUGGCAUCGUAAACAGCUGCUGAUGCUGAGAAUGAUCAUGGAAGGCCGGUACCAGUUUAGUUCUCCAGAGUGGGAUGAUCGGUCUGACACUGUCAAAGACUUGAUCUCAAGGCUUUUAGUGGUGGAACCCACACUUCGUCUCACGGCUGAACAAGCUUUAGCUCAUCCUUUCUUCCGUCAGUACCAAAAGGAGGAUGUGCGGCUCUUUAGCCCCAGGAAGACAUUUAAGGCCCUGAUCUUGACCGUGUUAGCUUGUAUACGAAUGCAGUGCCGCUACUACCGAGCCAGACCAUUAACAAAGGAGCUCCUAGCAAGAGACCCAUAUUCCAUCCGCGGUGUGCGCAAGCUGAUCGACGGCUGUGCUUUCCGCAUAUAUGGACACUGGGUCAAGAAAGGGGAGCAACAGAACCGAGCUGCUCUAUUCCAGAACACAGCUAAAAUAAUUCUACUGGGCCUUGAAGACCUUGAAAACUAAAGGUCAUAUUUUUUUUUAAAGAUAUCCUUGCUCUGUCCAUUUACAGUUUUAUUGUUGUUGUCUUUUUUUUUUUUUUUUAGGGACUAUAGUUAGGGACUAUAACCUGCCUGUCCAAACGGUGCACAAAACACAAGUAUUUAUAGCUAAUCUUUUUUGUCUUUAAAGAUGGAUGGUGCUUUUUUCAUUUUAAGCACCAUGUGACCUCAUUUUAACCACUCACUGUGGAUUUUACAGUUUUAAGAUUUGUAGUUUUAUCAUAUACUUAUUAGUGGUAUUAUCUUAUAUUGCUGAUUAUAUGGACCAGCUUGAUAUGAAGAGACAGAGUUACAUAAAAAUUAUAAUUACAAGAGCUAAUCUUCAGUUCUAGUCGUUUGACACAAAGCAGAUUGUAUUUGAAUCUACUAUCAUUCUUAUGCUUCAAAAACAAUUCCAGGUUGUUGAAGGCUAAACCAUAGAUGGACAGGGAACAUGUAACAAUGUGGAGUGGACUUUAAGACGUUUAAUACAAAGGAUAACAUACUUGAAACAUAGCAUUACAGUUGUGUAACGCUACUGAGAGUUGUUUUAAAAUCCUUACAAAAUUGUGUGUACAUGUUUUUCAUUUUAUCCUUAAAUAUGUUUUACCACUUUUUGCUUUAUGUCACAGGCGAUUAGACAUUAUACAUUUAUCAUCAAGGUACUGUACUAAUUCUAAACAGGUAUACAUAUUUGAAUAACAUAUAUAAUUACUGUAUUUUGUUUUUUGCUUUUGAAAUGAGUGGUUUCCAAAACUAAAUAAGUGGGACAUAUUUUCUUACUUUUUAACUUGAAUGUUGGUCUCCAGUUUACUAAUGGCAUUAUUAAGCUGAUCAGCACUGUCCUGGAGCCGUUGUUGUAGCUGAGCAGUCAAACGCAUCACUUCAUCCCUCACUUCCUUUUGAACAAUGGUCCUAAGGUCAGAAUUUGAAGAAGAACCUUGCGGGGGAAAAAACAUAAUAUAAACAUAAACACAUACAUCUAUUUUAUUUGUUGUAUGUAGUGAGUAUAACAUGUUAGAGUGUGCAGUCUGGCAUCAAUAAUAUGUAAUAAUUGUUUU